CUACCUAUUCCAGGCUCUUCUUAUGCGCCUUCCUUCCAAUCUGGUUUUUCCUACUUCCUGGUCCUCAGCCUCAAGAUUUGGACUUGUUAGAGCAUGUGACCUGCGUCCACCAGGCUGGGCUGUGGGUAGUUUUUUGCCCCUACCUCUUGUUGGACUGGUUUGAGCACCCCUCACGUCCAUCUUGUACAGGUGGAACCAGAGGGCUUGGGUAACGAAACCCGUUGAAACGAAUCCCUGCUCUGAAUAGUUAUGACUACUAUCAGCCAGUUCGUGGCCUGUGUAGUUAGGAGCAGACCUCCUUUACCUUAUGGAUAAUUAUGCUGUCGCCUGCAUUCUCUUAAGAUCUUGUUUUUAAGUAAUCUUUACAACCUACGUGGAGCGGGAACUUAAAACUAGAAGAUCAAGAGUUGCAGGCUGUACAGACUGAGCCGGCUAGGCGCCCCACCUCCAUUAAGCAUUUGCUCUAACCAGUUCAAAAGCCAGGCAUUAAGUGAGCUACCAAAAUCAACUCCCAUUAUCUAUCUGUCUUUCUUAUUUUAACAAACCCUUGUAUUGAGGGCUGAUUUUCAAUAGAUAGCAGCGAGGGAGCUGCUGUGCUACAUAGGAAACCACCUAUAUUAUCUUUCAAACCAAAGUGAGCCAUGGGGCAGCCAUGAGCUAGUGGAGAAAAACCCAGUUACAGAGAGAAGAUUAUAAAUGCCAGAGCCAUUUAACUGAUGGAUAGCUGCUGAAUGCUGACACUUCUUCAAAUAUUUCUUGCACCAACAUCUUCACUGGGAGGAAUUCAGGAAAAGUAGCAGAGAGAAGGAGAGAUCACAUUUACAUGUACCAUGGCUAUACCAAUAACAGUGCUUGACUGUGAUCUCUUGUUGUAUGGCCGAGGUCACCGGACAUUGGACCGCUUUAAGCUGGAUGAUGUGACCGAUGAAUACUUGAUGUCCAUGUAUGGGUUUCCUCGACAGUUUAUUUAUUACUUGGUGGAACUCUUAGGGGCGAAUCUUUCUAGACCUACUCAGAGAUCCAGAGCUAUUAGCCCAGAGACACAAAUCCUUGCAGCACUGGGCUUCUAUACUUCAGGUUCCUUCCAGACUCGGAUGGGAGACGCUAUUGGAAUCAGUCAGGCAUCUAUGAGUCGAUGUGUUGCCAAUGUGACUGAAGCGCUUGUGGAAAGAGCCACACAGUUCAUUCGCUUUCCGGCUGAUGAAGCCUCCAUGCAGGCUCUGAAGGAUGAAUUCUAUGGGUUGGCAGGGAUGCCAGGGGUUAUAGGGGUGGUUGACUGUAUCCAUGUGGCAAUCAAGGCACCAAAUGCUGAAGACCUCUCCUAUGUGAACCGCAAAGGUCUCCAUUCUUUAAACUGCCUGAUGGUGUGUGACAUCAGAGGGGCACUAAUGACUGUGGAGACCAAUUGGCCAGGUAGCCUACAGGACUAUGCUGUGCUGCAGCAAUCCCCCCUCACUAGUCAGUUUGAAGCCGGGAUGCACAAAGAUAGCUGGCUGCUUGGUGACAAUUCCUUCUUUCUCCGUACUUGGCUCAUGACCCCCCUUCACAUCCCUGAAACUCCAGCCGAAUAUCGCUAUAAUAUGGCCCAUUCUGCAACUCACAGUGUGAUUGAGAAGACCUUCCGAACCCUCUGCUCCCGAUUCCGCUGCCUGGAUGGAUCCAAGGGGGCACUGCAGUACUCACCAGAGAAGUCCAGCCACAUUAUCUUGGCUUGCUGUGUCCUCCACAACAUCUCCCUGGAGCAUGGGAUGGAUGUUUGGUCCUCUCCAGUGACAGGACCCAUAGAACAGCCCCCUGAGGAAGAGUAUGAGCACAUGGAGUCCCUGGACCUAGAGGCUGACCGAAUGCGUCAAGAACUGAUGCUCACUCAUUUUAGCUAAUGUGAAAGCUAUGGGGGUAGGGGAAGGAAACUUUCCAGAGGAGCUGGGACAAACUUUCCCCCUCACCACCCCAUACAGAGUCCCAUCAUCUAGCAUGACUGAGUAUGUGGAGACUUGUCACAAAUUAACAUUUAAUCUGUAUGUUUUGUAAGGGUUAUGGCUAUGCCAAAGUAUCUUGAUAAUGUUUCCAAAUAUAUUAGCUGAACCCAAACCAAGACAAUAGUUCCCUGCUAUCCACUGAAUUCCAGGGUGAGCACCACUCAUUCGAAAACUCACUAGUAGUUGACAUUUAUGAUUGUGCCUAUAAAAUCAAAGGGGAAAACGGCACUCA